GCCCGCCUAUGGAGAACCGCCUACCGUAGUGCUUCAGAUGUAGAGAAGGGUGUGGCGUGGACGGUGGCGCUCUUCCUCAUUUUCGGCCAUUUAGCGUUGUGCUGUUUGCUGGUAGGUCGAUGAUCUUGGCACUGUCGUGUGAAGGGGUAGCACGACCAGGCACGGGCGGUGGGGGGGAAUGGGGCGUCAUUAUCAGCGGCCGAACCAAGUAGAGGCCGGUGUUGGCCCACCUUCCCCCCCGCCCAAAUGCUGCAUGGAGGAGUGAUCCUGAUCCUGAGACUGAGAGUGAGAUCGGGUUCCCUCCCGCCCAAAUGCGGCAUGCAGGAGUGAAGGUGAGGGUGAAAGUGAAAGUGAAAGUGAAAGUGAAAGUGAAAGUGAGAGUGAGAUCGGGACUGGCAUCGGACGAGACGAGCGCGCGAAGGAGCAAGAAGAGCAACGGCGGGAACAAAGUCAUUGUCUAUGUUGCUAACCUCAUACGGGAGGAUCAUGCCUUUUCGUGCUACGGUGCAGGAGGUGAAGAUGAUGAAGAGAAAGGGAGCGUCCGUAGGGUCCUCCCUCCUGUCACAUGCGCUCUGUACGUUGCUCGGGAUUACCCUGACAUACUUUUUGCUAAUGACAAGUAGCUCUCAACAUAGGAAUUCUGCAAUAAAUUCCCUGACGGGCAAUGAUCAGCAGACAAGUGACCUUAUCCAGUCUCCAACCAGAACUCCAAAUAGUAAUUUUGGACAACCUGUGGUAGACAUUGGGAGCGAAGGCGACCUUCCCACGGCACAUGAUUGGGAUCCCCGGCCAGAGCCUGGGGAUGAGGCCAGGAAGGGUCUUGCAGGUGAUGGAGUCUCGACUGAAAUGAAAGGGACACAGCAUUUCCCACCUCUUUCGUCUGACGCACAGUCGUGUUCUUGUCCAGAGCAGCGGAAGCUGGAUAUGCACGGUAUUGUCUUCGGCAUUGCAUCCUCAUCGUCGAUGUGGAAGGAGCGGCAGGAAUUUGUUAAACUGUGGUGGAAGCCGGGGACAACAAGAGGAUUUGUGUUCGUAGAUGAGACACCCGAAGGGGUUACCCAACCCACCAAAAAAAGAGAGCAGGUGAGCGAUGUGGAAAGAGAGGGGUUGGAAAAAGAAGGGGGGAAUGCGGCUGCUCCGGCCCCAGUUGUGUUUGUCCCACCCGACCCUCUUCCUGAGAUCCGUGUCUCUGAAAACAUCGAUAACUUCACGCAGUCACAGUCACCCAUUGUGCGUGCCUCAGUGCGCAUCUCGCGUAUUGUGAACGAGCUCUUCCGCAUGAACCUUCCAGAAGUUUCCUGGUUUGUUCUUGGCGAUGACGACACCAUCUUUUGUAUAGAGAACCUGCGGGAUGUACUUUCUCGCUAUGACCCCUCACAUAUGUAUUACUUGGGAUCGGCGUCGGAGUCGCACCAACAAAAUAUGUACUUCUCCUCGAGGAUGGCCUAUGGCGGUGGCGGUAUUGCAAUCAGCUACCCUCUUGCACGUGCACUGUCGGAUACACAAGAUAGCUGUUUGCUGCGGUAUUCGAAGCUGUCCACAAGCGACUCUUAUCUGCAUGCCUGCAUAUCGGAGCUUGGAAUCCAGAUGACGAGGGUCGAGGGGUUUCAUCAGACUGAUUUGAGAGGGAAUAUUGUAGGGCUUUUAGAAUCGCAUCCCGUGGCACCGUUCAUCUCUGUUCACCAUCUCACAGGUGCCGCUCCCGUCUUUCCCGGUCUACCCACAAUCAAAGCGGCACAACAGCUUACCAAGAUGAUGAGUGCUUAUCCUGCAGGAUUCUUACAGCAGUCUUUGUGUUACGAUUCCACAUACAAUGCAACUGUUUCCAUAGCGUGGGGUUUCACCGUUCGAUGGUUUCCAGGGUGGUUCACCGUCCGGGAGAUGGAACGAGCAGAGCGGACUUUUUUGGCGUGGAACAAUGGAAAGACUCCCGUAGAUUUCUCCAUCGAUACGCGCGCUGGCACUGUUCCCAUCUGCAACAUCCCGGCCGUUUUCCAAGUAUCCUCUGUUACGCCGCCAUACAUUGGCAUGGAUGGGCAACUUUGGGUUGAGAGCGAAUACCAAAGAGGAUGGUUGCUUAACUGGGUGCGAGCACCGCAGGAUGUGGAUGUGAAGAAAACAGGUUCCAUUCGGAAGGAGAGUCCUGGCCAAGGCGCAAAUAGAGAAACCAGACAAGAGGAAAAGGCUGGCAUUGGUACUGGUGGCGGCACAUCCCAGACGAAGCAGAACAGCCGGAAGAAGCCAAGCUGGGUGAAGCUGGAGGGUCCAAAGAGAAGACUGUUGUUCGGUGGGCUAUGUCCAAAUGGUCUACGGAGGGUUCCGAGUCCUCUUGUGACCGUUGUGAGGGUCCGUGCCCGGGCAGUGACAGAAGCUUGGUUCGACAACCCCAGAAGACAAUGCUGCAAGAGCUUGAAGGUGUCAGGGAGUAAAGGGGUGGCAGAGAUUGAGCUGGGACCAUGUGGAGAUGCUGAGGCAAUAGCAUGGAGAUGAAGAGGGAGCCCGGAAUCAGGCCAUCCAUACAGGAGGGGGUUCCAAGUCCUCUUGUAGCCGUUGUGAGGGUCCGUGCCCGGGCAGUGACAGGAGCUCCGUUUGACAACCCCAGAAGACGAUGCGGCAAGAGCUUGAGGGUCGCAGGGAGUAAACGCGUGGCAGAGAUUGAGCUUGGACCAUGUGGAGAUGGUGAGGCAACGGCAUGGAGAUGAAGCGGGAGCCCGGAAUCAGACCAUCCAUGCAUUUGUUAAUGCUGUCGGUGUUGCCGUUGGUGCUAUUGUCCGAGGAAUCUUGCUGUGGAGUGGGCUCUAAUGUAUAGCAAGAAGUUUGGAGAGCUGAAGGAAGGGCCUUGUCUCAUAAUGCCACCACAGCUCGCCUCCUCAGCUCUUGUCUUGAUCAGGGCAGUGUUGAAAUAUUUAUUUACACCCUUUUUUAAACCCCAAUUUGAACUAUUAUCUAUGUAUGACAUGUACUUGCCUCUCGAUUGCUCAUGCAGCAGGGCAGCAUGCUGGGGGGAGGAGCAGGGAAGAAAGGCAGCCGUCAGUCGGGAUUGUCGUUGUGUUGCAUGAAGUUUGGAGGUUUCUCGACGACUGAGGAUUGCCGUGUGGAGCAUCGAGACCGAUCCUCCUACACCUGCGGAUGAAGACUCGUGAAUGCAUUUGCGAUGGUAAUUGAGUGUUAUGCGGGAGUCACAUGCAUGCUGAGUGGGAUCCACAGAGGAUAGCUGUUCCAUCGAUCAUGUAGCAGGCACAGAACCGAUAUCCAGUCCAUGCUUGUGAGAGCAUUCGGGGGCCGAAAGGUCGUGUGCGAUCACUCCACUUUGGCACUAUGUCACCACAAGUUCCUACGAGUAAAUGCAAGGGUGCUUC